CGCACUCUGCGCAUCUGCGAGCCACGCAUCCCACAGACUAGCCCUCCAGGCCGCCAUCAGAAUGAUGCUCAUCCAUCGUCCCUCUGGUCAUCCAUCGUCCGUCUGCAGGUCGGGGCAGCAGAUGGAGUGGGGCGGCGGGAAGCUCCAGUCCAUCUCGUGGAAGGCCACACGCAGCCGACUCCGGGUGUGCUGGCUGGUCCCGGCCUCCUGGGUGAGGGCCAGCAGGCUCUCGCGCACACGCGUGCACGCCUCUUGCAGCGUGAUGGACACACCCUCACACAACACCUGCACACACAGACACAGACAGACAGACAGACAGACAGACAAAAGAGAGAUGUCAUGGCUGUGUUGUGUGUCCGUCUCUCGAUGAUGGCAUGGCUCUCUCAGCUCACGAUUGGUGCGUCCUCGAGGAAUUCUCCGAGCGGCCCGGCCUCGUCAAGCGCGUCAGCGACCCAUUCGAUGAGCUUGCCGGUGCUCUUGAGGUCGUUGGCGCGACCCACCAUCAACUUAGGCAGCGUCACGCAACCCCCACCACCCACCGGGCUUCUCUCCUGACCGUUCUCUAGCCCCGUCAGUGUGGUGGACUGCACGAGUGUCAUUCGCGUGUUCUCUGCCAGCUGGUGGUGCACGAGGGCGGCCGUGAAGAUUCGCAGAGGGGGGCUGCUGGGGACGGGGAAGAACAGGCCGAAGGGCACAAGGGGGUCGGCGCUCUCAAGGGCAUGCUUUCGACGCGCGUCGCGUGAAACGCCUCUAUAAGGACAAGGAGGGGGAGUUCGCGGACGGACAGGCGAGUGUGCGUGUGUGUGUUGGGGUGCGUGUGUGACUGAGCUGACCUUGGCGAGCUCCAGAGCUUAGAUGAAGUGUUGUUGGCUGCGGGUGGCGAUGUGUGUGUGCGAAGGAUGAGGUGCUCGAUGUCCAGCAGACUCAGCAGACAUCCGUCGACGUCCAGCGUGCUCUUGCUGAAUGAAUGGAACACACACGUCAGUCAAUCGACACAGACACAGGACAGGACAGGAGGCGAUCGUUCUUCAUCUGUACCUCCCUCUCUCUGUGUACCGACCGUAGUAAUGUGGUCCACGAGUGGCUCCACCCGAGAAAGCCAUAGGGGAAGGGACGCACACACACCUGAAUAUACACACACACACACAGAGGAUUAUCCAUGCCAUAGAACAUCUAGCAGGUGUCUAGACAUCACUUACGGCAAGGAGGACGCCCAGGUUGUGUGCGUUGAGCCAGAAGGCCAGCCUCUCGUCGUGUGUGAGCGUCGACGGAUCCACCCGCUGCAGCUCGGCACACCGAAUCCUUAGCGAAGAUACCUUCCUCUGCACACACCGCCCGCACAUAAGCACAAAUGGGGGGAUGUGUAGAGCAGAGCACUCAUACCAACCAACACCGACCUGGUUGUCGGGGUCGUUCUGCACCUCCCUCCACCUCUUGAGCCGCCAGCCCUCACCCCUCCUCUCGCCCGCAGUGGCCCUCGGCGACUCAGGUAGCGACACACCGCCCGCAACCGCCAUAGCGAAACCAACCCCACUUUCUGAUGGUGCUGCCGCUUCUGCAUCCCGCCCAGCCGCCUCCUGUUGUCGGUCCGUCAUGGCUUCCUCAAGCCACCGGUGUGUGAGCUCCGCUGCAGACAGCAGCAGCUCAGUCACCACAACUAGUGGGAGGCGACUCGUGCCUGCAAACGAAAGGGACCCGAUGAAAUCUGCGCCUAGUGAGUAUUGGCAGCGUGCAUUCAUUCUCACUUUUGCACAUUCUGCUUCGGUUGAGGACCGGCGAGUCGACGGGGAAUGCGUACCACUCCACCACCCCCUCUCCCCCGCUAUGUGGCGAUGUUUCGCUGCCCGGCCAGCCGAGCCCCAAGCCGCCGGCAGCCGACCGACGGCGAGGUGAUGAUAUGGGGGAGGAUGGACGAAGGAGGGAGAGAGGGGGUGGGGAGGGGCUGGAAGGAGCCUCGCGGGCGAGGGCGGCAAGCUGACGGCGAGAAGACAGCAGCAGUGAGAUGAAUGCCCUCAACGUGCGUUGGUGUGAAUGGGUACCUGGUGGACCUUGGGUCCAUACUCCACCACUGCGAUGGUCCAAAUCAGCUCUGCAGACCGACAACAUACAAUAUAUAUGUGUGUCCACAUGAAUCCUCCACCCUCCCAUCCCACCCUGUUGGCUCACCGACAAUCUCCCCGAUUUGCAUGGCUUCUUCCUGGACAGCGUGGUCCAGUGCCGUCCCGUCACAUGCCGCAGCGUUCAGAGGGAGCCGGGGCACCCGCAUCGCCAUCGCCAUUGCCGUGCUCCUCACAGAUGGCGCAGACGAGAUGUGACACGGCCGCAUGGACGAACAUGAUGGCGGUGCGUGUGCGUGGGGGUUGGCGAGCGCUCGGAUUUCCUCUAGGAGGGUGACGAGAGAGGCGACUGAGCUCUCGCUGUGGGACAUUUUCUGGCCACACGACAGGGGAAAGGAUCGUGUGCAGAUCGAUGGUGCGAUUGGAUCUGACCUGAAUGAGCCGUGAGAGCCGCCACAGUGGCAGAAUGGACGGAAGCGGAGGCCACACAGUCAGCAGAAGCCUGCAUAUGCACCACACAAACAUCAAAGGGUCAUUCAUCGACAUGAAGGAAGAAGUACUUGUUUCUGGACGUGUUCCCUUGACGCACCUGAUGACUUCUAUAGGUUCAGCGCCCACCCUCUCCAUGAGGUGGCACGCCAUCCCCAGCACGCUCAUCGGCACACUCACAAACUGAUGGCCCCCGUCGUCACCGCUCGCACACCGCUCCACAGCCGCCAGCAGGUCAGGGAUGGCACGAACCCACGGAGAGGGCGAUGGCGACCGCGACGGAGAUGCCUCCGCAGCUGCUCUGCCGUCUUCUGGCGUGUGGCGACCUCGGUCAAGCGCCUCAAGACGCGUGUGGCCUCGGCGAAGAUGACCGCCAGAUGCACGGAGGGCGCUGUCAAAGGACAAACAACACAUGCGUGUUUUGUAGAUGAGUGCGUGUUCGUGUGGGUGCGUACCUGACGAACAGGUGGGGCAGUGGGUGCUGGUAGUGCUCAUCAUCCUGGCCGCCUCUCUUGUUGACAGCAGCAGCGGCAGCUGGCAGGUUGUCACACAACGACUCCUUGCGAUUAUUGACAGGGAAGGGGGGAAGUGGGGUAGUGGGGGUCGUGUCGUCAACCGCCGGCAGCAGAUGGGGGCUGGAAUGAAGACGCAACAUGAACCGCUCCAUCCUUCGGGGCUGUCUGCGACCACCCAAAGGCGCCAUCGGUGAUCGUGGUGGGAUCUGUAUGGGCGGCGGGGGACGGAUCUGCCUUGUGGGUGGAGAAGGUGACUGCGGCUCUUGUGCAGCAGAGGGGAGAGGAAGCGGCGGGUUGGGCGCCCAGUGAUAACCCAGCACCUGACACACACACAGGCAAGGAGACAAUGAGACAUGAAGGACGUUCGUCGCAUGCAUGGCACGGCACGCCUACCUGCACAUUGGGGUCAUCCCUUGCGGCCGUCGUUAUCCCCAUCAGGGGGUCUGGUCCAUCAUCCUCCCCUCCACCCGUGUCUUUCUCUCGCCUCCUCUCCUUCCUGGGCGAGAGAUGCAGCCGACCCACAUCCCGCUCGCCUCUCUUCUGCUUCGCCGCCUCGGUGUCACCAGACGACCAAAACAGAUGCAGCUCCACACGUGGGGGCGGGUCGGGCGGUGGGCAAGGCGAGAUGGGGUCGUCCAGUGGCUCGUCAUUGCGCAGCAGUAGCAGUGCACCGGUCCAUGAUGGUUGGCUGGGCGGUGGUGGUAACGGGGUGGCGGGGAGGAACGCAUCGAGUGACGACCACCGACGGGUGACCGUGACAUGCGGCUGAGGUGGCGAGGGUGGGGUAGAACGCGAGUCGGUCUCGUCUCCUUUCUCUCUCUCGACGAGUCGCCUCCCGUGCGCCAGGGCACUUUUCAGAAACGACAUCCGAAGCCCCUCAGGAUAUGCCGAGCCGGCGCCUGCUCUCCUCUGGUCGCAAUGGUCGUCCUUCAUGCUGGGCGGCCUGGGGAAGGGCGGCAGUGGUGGGACCUGUGUGAGAUGUGUGGCUGCCAGCUCUGGGUAGAUGGAUGGGAAGUAGUGGUGAAGACACAACUCGAAGGACGAGGGGCGAAAAGCCGUCACCGCCUCCAGGAAUGCCAACCAGCAGUUGGUCCUGCAAACAAGGCGCGCACGUGCACGGCACAUACACAGCAACCGAUAUAGAUGCCCUGAGUUCCCUCACCGGAAGAAUUCUUGGUAGAACGGCACCACUUCGGGCAUCAGCCCAUCCACAAACGACUCAUAGGGAAACUCACUAGCACCCCCGCCGGCACCCCACCCCCUGCAGUCAUCCCUCAGGCCGCGGCGCACCACAUCACACCCAUCCGUGAAGCUCGACCGCUCACGCAGCAGAGGGGGCGACGGCGGUGAGGGCGGCGCGGGCAGACCGGAGGGGAGAGAUGGCCGGGGAGAUGAGCGCGGUGACGACACGGAUGAUGGAGGAUGGUCGAGCGCAUAGAAGACGUCUUGCAGGAGCUCGCCAGUGAACUUAAGGAAAGCCAGGCGCACGUAUGCGUUGAAGUGGGGCUGGCACUGGUCGUCUGCGGGGAGAGGGGGCGGGGGCGGCAGAUACGCGUCCUCCGCAAAUGCGCGACCCGAUGACCUGAGGUAUACACAGAUAGAGACAUUCAUUGUGUUCUGUGCGUACGUACGCAUGUGACACAGGCUUACGAGGGAGUCGGUGUGACAGCGGAUGGGAUGCGCCGUCUGGGUGCUGCCGCGGGUGUGGGUGAGAGCUCAGGGCUCCCCAGAUGGCUGGACGACGGUGCGAAUGAGCUAUGGGUGGGGGAGGAAUCCUCCACCACAUUGUUUACAUGCUCGUGAUGGUGGCUCGAUGCGGCUCCCACAACGGGCGAUGGGUCAGCCAAGUCCAGCCGGUCGAUGAACGGCAUGCACACGGCCUGAUACAAUGAAAUGCCGGCACAGAGUCAUACAACGCGGGCAUCUUCAUCCAGCCACCCACCCUUUCACAGGCAUCCCAUCCCACCUGCAGCGCCCCGAUCAGGUCAUUCUCAGCCCUUUUGGGCAUGCUGGGCACGUCUGCGAGCGCGGGCUGCCCAGGCGGAGACACCACGGCACCCCCGUCUAGGUCGAACAGGAUGUAGUCGCACUGCGGCGAGCCGUCGAAAGAGAUUGCACUGCCGAAUGUGUGUGGGAGGUGCGCUCCAGGUGUCUUCAGGUAGCCGUAGAAGAAUGGCGGGGGAGCCUACGGAACGAGACGAGGGAGGGGAGCUCGGUAGGUAGGUGUGUUCUCUUCUGUCUGUCUGUGCUGGCUCUCUGCUGACCUACCUCUAGGAGCUCUGCUCGAUGGACGAUGGGCAUGUAGCUGUGCUGCCUGGCACACCAACAUCACGCUGAAUUGCAGUGUGUGUACGUGGUCGUCUCCUUCCGUACCAAUGGAAAGGAUACAGCAGUGCCUUGGCGGUUUCGGCUGCACACGUGAGCAAGUGCGCUGACCGCGACGCCAGUACCACCUACAGCACACACACACAGACACACACAUUUGCUGCUUUGAGCGAUUAACGACAUGUAUAUGAAGGUCUCACUUUGCGUUCCAGCAGCAGCAGCUUCAUGAGGAAGUACACAGCCGACACCGACAGACAUCUGCACACACGUGUGUGCCACAGCAAGGAGGUACACACGCUGGCGGUACGCAAUUGGUGGCCGUGUUGGUAUAUGUCACCUGAAGAGGAGCUGCAUGGGCAGGUCGCACAGUGGCAGCUCCCAGGGAAAAGGCUGCUCCACGCCAAACGAACCGUCAUCUGCACACACCACAAAUGCACAAAUGCAUAUCCAAUCCAUUCCCUUGGCAGAGCUUGUGACUUACCGAUAUGCAUGACGACCGACGUCCCCGGCGCAGGAGAGGGCACGUCCAACAGCCAAUGCAGACACGCCACCCAUCCAGCCACCUUUUGCCGAUACCAAAGGCCAUACGCACCAUCUCCGUCCGUCUGUGCCUGUCCUCCGCCCCCUUGCUGCUGCUCGUCCUGCUCCUGCUCGUCGAAAUGGUGCCAGACAUAAUGCAGCAGCCGCCUCAGCGUGUGGAGCGCAUUCACGUGGGAGAGCAGACACAGCACCAGGGGCAGGUAGAGGACGGAAGAGCUGCUGCUGUUGCCGUCCGCUGUGGCUGCGUCAUGCUCCUGCUGUUCUUGUUCCAGUUGCUUGCAUGGGAGGUACUGAAUGUAGAGGGAAACGUAUGUGCGCUGUGUGGCGAUGUCGCCGAGGACGACGCACGCCUGCCGGUUGGGGGGCGGGGCGGCCGAGCGGACGAUCUUCAAACCGUGAGGGAAACACAACUGACCGACAGACAGACAGACAGACAGCGGAGGUCCCAUGCAUGUGUCUGUGCAGCUGAAACGCGUACCUGCGGUAGUGUGCGUGCUUGUUCCCUGAAAGUGUUGCUGUUUGGCAGGUGUGCCAUGACUUGGCCCCUGACGGCCACACUCUCCCUCUGCUGCUGCCACAUCGACGCCAACACAUCCUCCAGACCCACUGCGGCCGACGCGAAUGACGCCGUCCCGCUGUUGGCCUCGCUCAGCAAUGAAUCAUCCCCGUCGGCCGAUUCACCAUCGCCACAUAGCUCGACUGCAGAGGGCACUCCUAUCAGUGCCACGCCUCGAAUGAGCGACAGGGCUGACAGGAUAGAUAGACACGCAGGAGAUGCAGACCGACGGAGAUAUCGAUCAUGAAUGAACGAAUGUGUGAGUGUUUGUGUGUUACGGUUUCUGUUUCUCCAUAGCUCCGACAGGGGGAAGAUGGAGGAGUGCAUUUUGCAUUCGCGACGGGUCAAGUG